AUGGGCAGGAACAAGGGCAAAACGCCCCGGCGCGCAGCCAGGCCCGGCAGGCCGGCGGCGGGGGAGCAAGAGUCGGGGUCGGCGAGCGCCGACAGCGCGCCCGGCCAGGACGGCCGACGGGGUCGCUGGAAGCCCCGCGCGGCGACACCCGCUUCGGAGCCGACCGCCGAGGGAGGUCAGGGGACCCCUGGUGGUCGCAGGAAGCCCUCCGCAGAGAGGAACAGCGACUGCGGAGAGCCAGGGACUGAGGUGCCGCGGGCGCCCCCAGGGAGGCGAGGCAGCGGGCGGCGUCGGGUACACGGCUCCAAGCAAAGCCGUGAGUCUGAGGACGGUCGAGGGGGCCGCGUGGAGAAAAGCCCCGCCGGAAAAGGGCGGCCGUGCGAGCGCGGCCCCCGCAGGAGGAGAGGGAGAGGGCGACGAUCCUCAACCGGUCUGGGCCGCCCAAAGAGAGAGAGCCUCGACGAGGACACGUCAGGCAGGGACGAGGGUAGCUCCUGCCCGGACAGCGAAGCCCGCGAGGCCCUGGAAAGCGGCAGCCAGAGCAGCUGGGCCCCGCAGUGGCGGCCCAAGUCGUGGGCAACGGACACGGGCUCGGAAAGGAUCAGAACCAGGGUGGAGUCAACGCCGGGGCUGGGCACACGCCACGGCAGCGCCGAGCCCUCGAGCAGGGACGGGUCGUCGGAGACGGAGGUCAGGGGAGCUGGGGAGGAUUCGGGGCCAGGAACAGUCUCGAAUCCGAGGCGGGCCGGUCCUGGCCGGGCCCCCGAGAACAAAGAAGCUGCACCAGACCGCAGGUCCCCAGUUUCCAGCCCCAUCGCAGGCAGCCGCGCGCGCGCCCUCCAGGGCCCGCCGGCUCCUGAAGACCGCAGGCCAUCCCAAAGUGCAAGUGACCCCGGGACGCAGCCCGACGGCGAGGCAUUGGGCGCCAAGCCCAGAGAAGCCAAAGCCUCGUCUCCCCGAGCGAGGCGCCGCCGUCAGGCGGAGACGGUGCUGGGGAAGAUACAGCUGGUGGCGGGCGACUGCGAGACCGAGGCGGACCGUGGAGACGCGCCCGGGGACCCGGCGUCGCUGGCUGCCCUCGUGACGCUGAGCACGCUCGGCGCCAGGUCUCAGCCAGGCACCGUUCCUCGGGUGGCGGGCCUCAAGCAGCGGCUCCAGCGCGUAGCGCGCGCGUUGGGCUUGUUGAAGUGGCUGCGGCGGCAGCUCCGGCCGCGCGCGGGCGAGGGGCGGGGCUCGGCGCUGCAAGCGGGCAAGGGGCAGGGGGCGGGGCCUCAAGUGGGUGAGGGGCCGGGGACGCCACUGAGGGUGAGUGAAGAGCGGGGGGCGGGGCCGCGGACGGACGAGGGACGGGGCGAGGGCGGUGGGUGUGGCCUCGGGUCGCGGCUACGAUAUCGUCUGGCGCUGCGCUUGGCGGGCGUCGCGGUACUAGGAGGAAGCGCGAGAGCUUCCCCUGGCGGCAACCCCAGGUCGGCGCAGGCCACGAAGAGCCUAGCCUCCCAUCACCUCUCUGGUGAAGAGGGACCCGCUGGCGACCCUAAGUGUGCAGUCGUGUUCCCCAGAAUCCACAGGGAGAGGAGGGCGUCGAGCAUCCGACGCUCAGGAGAUGCGACCGCGGACGCCUCCUCAGGGGAAGGGCGCACUUGGCCUGAUGGGGAGGCCGCAGGGGACAGUGAGGGGAGCUCGGUUUGUGAGGAAAGGGCGUCCGGGCCCCGCCGCGGCGGCUCCCUCUUCGCCCUGACUCCUCCGGAUGAGUUUUCGCUCAACGAGAGUGGCUGCAACAGCGAGACAGAACCGGAGGUCUUGGAAGCCGAGGUUCCGGUGCACUGGGCUCAGGGCUCGGAGUCCCGCGAGGACCCUGGGCCUAGCCCCGACCUGUUGUUGCCCCGGCUCAACCUGGAGACCCGUUUGGGUCAGGAGAAGCGCCCUGUUGCUUCUGGGUCCCUAAGAGAGCGGUGGGAGCCCGAGGACGAGGCAGAGGAGGCACUGGAGCGGGACCUGGCAUUGAGGCACCUUGAGGCAAUACCUGUACCCGAUGCGGAGAGCAGGAGCGUGGUGGCAGCCCUGGAGGACACAGAGGACCUGGCCCAGCUGCGGCUGGUGUGUGACAGCUCUGUGCUCCUGUGCCUGAAGAAGAGGUUUCACCUGGACCGCAUCUAUACCUUUGGGGGGCCCCUCCUGCUUGCUCUGAACCCCCGCCGGCCCCUGCCUCUCUUCAUGCCUGAGGUCUUGGCCAGCUACCGCCCUGGGAAGGCUCCCAACACCACACCAAGCAGCCCGAAGCGUGGCUCAGAAGGCGGGGCAGGAGGCGUGCAUCCUAAUCAGGUGAAUGGAGGCUGCCUCCUUGGCUGUACCUAUGAUGGGCUUGAACACCUGGCUUGGUUGCCCACAGGCUACAUUGAGGGCCAGCUGGAGGACGUGCUGCCUGUGCUCAGCAGCUUUGGCCACGCCAAGACCAUCCUCAAUGCCAACGCCAGCCGCUUUGGGCAGGUCUUGUGCUUCUGCUUGCAACAGGGGGUCAUCGUAGGAGUCUCAGUGUCACAUUAUCUGCUUGAGACCUCAAGGGUGGUGUUUCAGGCCCAGGCUGAGCGGAGCUUCCAUGUCUUUUAUGAGCUGUUGGCGGGUCUGGAUUCCUGGGAGCGGGAGCAGCUUUCCCUACAGGGACCAGAGACCUACUACUACCUUAACCAGGGCCAGGCCUGCAGGCUGCCAGGCAAGGAGGAUGCCCUGGACUUCAAGGGGCUGGUGAAAGCCCUGCAGGCUCUGGGUUUGUGCCCCGAGGAGCUGGCUGCAGUCUGGGCCAUGCUGGCCACCAUCUUGCAGCUGGGCAACAUCUGUUUCUCUUUUUCAGAGCGGGACUCCCACGAGGUGGCUGCUGUAUCUAGCUGGGCAGAGAUCCACAUGGCAGCCCGGCUACUGCGGGUGUCACCUGAUCGCCUUGAGGAGGCUGUCACCCAGAGGGUCCUGGAGACGCCAUAUGGUCGGGUCUCAAGAUCCCUGCCUGUGGAAGGUGCCAUCGAUGCCAGUACCCACAGGGACACUCUGGCCAAAGCCCUGUACUCACGGCUCUUUGACUGGCUCCUGAGGCAGAUCAACACACAGCUGGCACCGCCUACAGAGGGAGGCAGUGUGGGCACCGUCACUAUUGUGGAUGUCUACGGCUUUGAGCCUCCAGAGAGCUCUGCCUUGUGGAGGAGAGUGGAACAGCCUCUAUGGGAGGGGAAUGAAGGGCACCAGGCCUGUGUACCUCCCUCUCACCCCUGCCCUGGGUCCGUCUCACUUGCAUGUUCACCUCAUUGCCAUGUGCCCCCAGGCGCUGCGGGUGAACAGCCUGGAGCAGCUGUGCAGCAACCUGGCAAGUGAGCGCCUGCAGCUCUUCUCCAGCCAGAUGCUUCUGGCCCAGGAGGAGGAAGAGUGUCGGCAGGAGUUGCUGUCCUGGGUACCCAUCACCCAGACUCCACGGGAGUCCUGCCUGGAUCUCCUUGAAGACCAGCCCUACAGCCUCCUGAGUAUUCUGGAUGCCCAGACAUGGCUGUCCCAGGGUGGCAUUCUACUCUAUCCUCUAGGGUCACUGUGACACAUCCAUCACAGGCCACGGAUCAUACCUUCCUCCAGAAGUGCCACUAUCACCAUGGCGACCACCCGUGCUACGCCAAGCCCCAGCUGCCCCUGCCCAUCUUUACUGUGCAGCAUUAUGCUGGGCCUGUCACAUAUCAGGUUCACAAGUUUUUAAACAGAAACCGGGAUCACCUUGACCCUGCUGUGGUGGAAAUGCUUGACCAGAGCCAGCUCCAGCUGGUGGGCAGCCUGUUCCAGGAAGCAGAACCCCAGUUGGGACGAGGGCAAGGCAGACCCACACUGGCUUCUCGCUUUCAGCAGUCACUGGGGGACCUUAUAGCACGUCUGCACAGGAGCCACGUCUCUUUUGUCCAGUGUCUCAACCCUAAUCCUGGAGAGCUCCCAGGCCUCUUUGAUGUAGGACACGUGGCUGAGCAGCUGCACCAGUUGGGCAUCCUGGAGGCCAUACGUGCCCGCAGCACUAACUUCCCUGUGCGUUUGCCCUUCGAGGCCUUCCUGGCCAGGUUCCGGUCCCUGGGCACAGAGGGGCAGGGAGAGCCCUCUGACCGGGAGAGGUGCGGUGCCAUCCUGAGGCAGGUGAUGGGGGCCAAGUCGCCCCUCUAUCACCUGGGAGCCUCCAAGGUCCUGCUGCGGGAGCAGGGCUAGCAGCAGCUGGAGCAGCACCGGGCCCAGCAGCGUGCCCAGGCCUUGCUCACCCUGCACCGUGGCCUCCAUGCCUACAUCUCCCACCAGCGCCUCUGCCUCCGCCUCCUGCCCCGGAUGCAGGCUCGAGUGCGUGGGCUCCAGGCCAGGAAACGAUACCUCCGACGGCAGGCAGCUCUGGGACAGCUGAACACCAUCCUGAUGGUGGCCCGGCCCCUGCUCUGGAGACGGCACAGACUACAGCUUGGGCACUGGUGUGGCUGGCACAGCAUCAGGACCUCAGAGAAACUUCCAAGCAUGGAGUUGGGGCGCUUACAGAUCCCUGCUGAGCUGGCCAUCAUGCUGAAGACCAUGGAAAGCCGACAGCUUGCCCUGGCAGAGAGCAUCACCGAGUCAAUGCCCCCAGAAGUCACUGCCCGGUCCAGCCUGGCCCUCCCACCCGACAUCGACCGGUUCCCCUUCUCCAGCUUCAUUUCCAUCGGUUUCCAGGAACCCUCCCUGCCCCGCCCUGGGCAGCCCCUGGCCAAGCCUCUGACCCGGCUGGACGGUGAGAACCCUCAGCAUGCAUUAGACAUCAACAAGGUGAUGCUGAGGCUCCUGGGGGAUGGGUCCCUGCCAUCCUGGCAGGAGCAGACCAUGGGUGCGUACCUGGUGCUGCAGGGACAGCGUCGGCCAGGGCUGCGGGAUGAGCUCUUCAGCCAGCUGGUGGCCCAGCUCUGGCACAACCCGGACGAGCAGCAGAGCCAGCGUGGCUGGGCUCUCAUGGCCAUCCUGCUUGGCGCCUUCCCCCCCAUGCCCACCUUGCACAAGCCGCUGCUCAAGUUCGUGUCUGAUCAGGCACCCACAGGCAUGGCGGCCCUGUGCCAGCACAAGCUGCUGGGCGCCCUGGAGCAGACACGGGUGGCCCCCGGGACUACACGGGCCCACCCCCCGACCCAGCUUGAGUGGACAGCUGGAUGGCGGCGCGGCCGCAUGGCACUGGAUGUCUUCACCUUCAGUGAGGAGUGCUUCUCAGCUGAGGUGGAAUCCUGGACCACGGGGGAGCAGUUUGCAGGGUGGAUCCUGCAGAGCAGAGGCCUGGAGGUGCCCCCCCGUGGCUGGUCUGUGUCCCUGCAUUCCGGGGAGGUCUGGCAGGACUUGGCUGGCUGCGACUUUGUCCUGGACUUGAUCGGCCAGAUUGAGGACCUGGGGGACCCAGCCGGCCCCCACAGCUACCCCAUAGCCUCUCACGGCUAUCCCAUCACAGCCUCUGAAGACAUACCUCCUGCCCCUGACAUCCAGGCCCCCCGGAUACUCCCAGAACCACCCCCAGGUCCAGCCCCAACACUGCCCAGCAGGGACUACCACACAGGGGAUGCCCAGACGUCACGGAGCCUGGAUGGUUUCCUGGACCACCUCUUUGAGCCAGUCCUCUCUCCUGGCCUCAGUGAUCUCGAGCAGAGCUGGGCUCUUCAGGGCCGCAUGAAGGGAGGGGGCGCUAUGGGACCCAUGCAGCAGGGUGGCUACCCUAUGGUGUACUCAGGGAUGAUGCAGGUGCCUGGAUACCAGCCUGCCAUGAUGCCCGCACCUGUGCCCAUGAUGCCAGCAAUGGGUGCAGUCCCUGCCAUGCCAGCCAUGAUGGUGCCUCCCCAACCAUCACAGCCGGGGCUCCCCAGCAUGGAUGCCAGGCAGCUGGCCGUCCAGCAGCAGAACUUCAUCAACCAGCAGGCGCUGAUCCUAGCCCAGCAGAUGACCACACAGGCCAUGACCCUGACUUUGGAGCAGACUCAGAAGCAGCAGCGCCAGAUCCAGGCCUCCAGGGCUGCCUUCCCGGCUCCAGCCCCAGCCCCAGCCCCAGCAACUACCCACAAGUCCAGGAAGCCUCCCCCCUCCCAGGUAGAGCCAGCGAGUGAGCUUGAGUCAGCAAGUGCCUUUUUGAGGGAGCCCCCAGAGGAGACCAGUGACAGGACCCAGAAUCCCAAGAGCUUCCAACAGAAACGAGAGUACUUCCAGAAGAUGGGACAGCAGCAGAUCAAGAUGAAGAUGGUGAAGCCUCCAGCCAAGAUCCAGAUCCCACAGGCAGAGGAGCAGGAGGGACAGGAGGAAGAGGAGCAAGAAGAGGAGACAGCAAGAGCAGCGUCUUCUCCAUCCCCUCCUCCUCCCCCAGUAGUGAGGAAGCCACUGAAACAAGAUGCAGCCAAAGCUGCAAAUGAGGCUGAGGCUGAGCCAGCCAAAGAGGCCAGACCUGGCGGUGGCCACAGGCCAGCAAGGAGUAGGGGGCCUGUGGUACGCAGUGUGGAUCCCGAGGCCCAGCAGCCAGAGCCCAGCCGGGAGAUCCGCAAUAUCAUCCGCAUGUACCAGAGCCGCCCGGCGCCUGUACCUGUACCUGUGCAGCCACCCAGGACCCCCAAAGCUUUCCUGAAGAAAAAUGACCCCAAAGACGAGGCUCUGGCUAAGCUGGGGAUCAACAAUGCCAGCUCACCCCCUUUGACACUGUCCCAUAGCCCAGGGAAGGACACCCCACCAGCUGUGGCUCCUCGACCUAAGAUUCCCUUCAGGCUUGGGCCUUCAGCCUCCAUCAAGGAGAAGCAGGGGCCCCUUCAGGACCUGUUUGGGCAGAUCCCACCCACUCCUUGGGUACCUCCACCUCCACCAGCACCCCCACAGCCUCUGUCUGGGGACCCAGAGACCCACCCGGCUGAGUCCCGUGUCUGGAUGGAGCCCAUGGAUGACCAGGGGGUCUCCACCCAGCUGCUCGUGCCCUCGGGCAGUGUCUGCUUCUCCUACACCAGCACGCCCUGGAAGCUGUUCCUACGCAAGGAGGUGUUCUACCCCCGUGAAAACUUCAGCCAUCCCUACUGCCUCCGGCUGCUCUCUGAGCAGAUCCUUCGGGACACCUUCAGCGAGUCCUGCAUCCGGAUUUCCCAGGACGAGCGGUGCAGAAUGAAGGACCUGCUGGGGGACUUGGAGGUGGGCCUGGACACCAUCGCCUCCGUGGAAGACAGCAUCAAGAGGCGCAUCGUGGUAGCUGCCCGGGACAACUGGGCCAAUUACUUCUCCCGCAUCUUCCCUGUCUCGGGCGAGAGUGGCAGUGAUGUGCAGCUGCUGGGUGUGUCCCACCGGGGGCUGAGACUGCUCAAGGUCACCCGAGGCUCCGGCUUCCACCCCGACCAGCUGAAGACCCUCUGCUCAUACAGUUUUGCUGAGGUGCUAGGCGUGGAGUGCCGGGGAGCCUCCACCCUGCAGCUGUCACUGAAGAAUGAGCAAGUGUUGCUGCACACGGCCCGGGCGGGCAUCGUCAAGGCCAUGGUUGAGCUGUACCUGAGUCAGCUCAAGAAGGACUCCAACUAUGUCAUUGCCCUGCGAAGCUACAUCACUGAUGACAGCAGUCUGCUCAGUUUCCACCGUGGGGACCUCAUCAAGCUGCUGCCUGUGGCCACUCUGGAGCCAGGCUGGCAGUUCGGUUCCAGUGGAGGCCGCUCUGGACUUUUUCCUGCCGACGUAGUGCAGCCAGCAGCCGCCCCUGACUUCUUGCCAGAGCAGCGGGGCAGCCGGCACAGGACUCUGCUGCAGCGUGGGGAGCCAGGGCUGACUCCGGGGGCCAGGGCCUCGGAGCGCCCUGCCCAGCCCUGGAGCAGGCCUCACAGCGAGGGCUCAGAGGCCACCAGCCCGCCCUCCUCGGCGACCUACGUCUCUCUGCCCGCCAACUCCCACAGCUAUACCAUGCAGGAGUUUGCUGAGCGCUUCUUCAGGAAGCCCCGCAUCUUGCUUGACCCAGCAGGUGAAGGUGCCAAGGGAAAGGUCAUGGACAGCCUGGUGCAGUUCACCAAGGAUCCCAUCCGGGAAUCGCUUAUCAGUCUCAGUGAUGAGGACACCAACACGCAGGCCGUGGAAAGCUUCCAGGCUCUGAUGCAGUUCAUGGGGGACCAGGCUAAGCCCCGGGGCAAGGACCAGGUGGAGCUGCUUUACCAGCUGCUGAAGCUGAGCCAGGAGGAGAAACUCAGGGACGAGAUUUACUGCCAGGUCAUCAAACAGGUCACAGGACAUCCCCGGCUGGAACACUGUGCUCGAGGCUGGGACUUCCUGAGCCUCCUCACUGGCUGCUUCUCGCCAUCCACCACCCUGAUGCCCUAUGUCACCAAGUUCCUGCAGAAUGCAGGCCGGAGCCAAGACCUGGCCCACAGCAGCCAAGAGCACCUCCAGAGAACAGUCAAAUAUGGGGGGCGCCAACGGCUGCCCUCACCGGGUGAAAUGCAGGCCUUCUUGAAAGGCCAGGUGGCCCGCAUGCUUCUCAUUCACCUGCCGGGGGGCGUGGACUACAAGACCAACAUCCGGAUGUUCACAGUGGCCACAGAGGUGCUGGAGGAGAUGUGUGGGCGUAUGAGCAUCACGGACCCCCAGGAAGUGCAGGAGUUCGCUCUCUUCCUCAUCAAAGGGGAAGGUGACCUGGUACGGCCCCUGUGGCCCCAUGAGUACCUCAACAAUGUGCUGGUGAGUCAGGACCUGAGUCUGCACAGCCGGCGGCUGGGCUGGGAGACCCCACUGCACUUCGACCAUCCCACCUACAUUGGCACCCACUACAGCCAGGUGCUGCGGGACUACCUCCAGGGGAAGCUGCUGGUGGGCGCCCAGGCAGACGCCCAGCUUGGCCACCUGGCAGCCCUGCAGCACCUCAGUAAGGCGGCCAAGGAGCCGCCCUCAGAGCAAGACCUGCUGCUGUAUGUGCCGAAGCCGCUCAGGGCGCAGGUGAACGUGGCUGCCGUAAAGGGCCUGGUGACGCAGGCGCUCAGGCAGCUGCAGCAUCACGGCCCGCAGGACGCGCAGAUCAGCUUCCUCGAGGCCGUGAGCCAGCUGCCCCUCUUUGGCUACACUGUGUAUGUGGUGCUGCGCGUGAGUGAGCCGGCCCUGCCCAGGCCCAGCCUCCUAGGGCUCAGCCGCCAGCACAUCAUCCUCAUGGAUCCCAACUCUCAGACACCGUGCUGCUCCAUCCCCUUGAGUGACAUGCAUCGCCUCCACCUGCUGAGCCCCCUGGAGGAAGGUGGGGCCCCUGGCCUGGAGCUCAACUAUGGCUCAGCUGACAGUCCCCGCACCAUCUGGUUUGAGCUGCCACAGGCCCAGGAGCUACAGCAGACCAUCGCCUUCCUGCUGGACAGGAGCACCAGCGCAGCGUUCUAG